AUGUCAGGUUCUCCGCCAAUUCCACCCAGACAAAAUCCGGAUUCUAGCAAUCGCGGUCAUGUUGCUUAUGGGUCAAGCGGGCAGGAAGCAUAUGCAGGUAUUCACACACCUCUACCAGAUCAGACGGACCCUCGAAGACCCCAAUUAGGCGUAUACCAAUCCGAAUUACCUCCGCCUCCAUCGUAUCCUCCUCCACGUAUGGAAGCAAACCCUCCACUAUCAAUGCAAUACCAUCAGCAGCAACGUCCACCGCUACCUUCGCAACAAAUGUUUCAUCAACAGCCACAUCAAUUUCAACAGCCGCAUGUGCAUGCUUCAACUUCAUUUGCGCCACCUGAAAGACCGCCAACAUCGGAGAGCUCCGAGUUCUCUUCACCCAAAGCACAAAGGAAACAAAGGCCAUGUCGCUUCGGCUUGUGUGCCUUAUGUGAUGCCCAACGACCAUGUUCAAGAUGUUUGGCGAACAACAAGGAGGAUACGUGUGUAGACGUGCAACACAAAAAACGAGGACGACCUCGUUUACGAGACGAGAGAGAACAACGAUAUGAAUCCAUGGCGUCGGCGGGAGCUGGAUAUCCACAAACAGGCGAAGGUCCCAUGAGACGGCCUCUUUCUAUGUAUGGCUCAAGUGCCGCGUCGAUGAAUCCAGAAUACGGCGAUUCGCUUCACAGAUCAGGAUCUUAUCGGGUAUUAAAAUCUCAAGCUGGACCAGCCGGACCCAGAUAUCUAGAGCAUGCCUCAGCAUCAGACGCAAAUAUCUCCAGUGGCGGUAGCUUUAUGAUGCCUGCCCCUCGGAUGCCGCCACAGGAACCCCUUUGUGCAUACCUGACCACAAAAAUGCAGGUAGCGAAGGCUACCCGAAGUUUUGAAGAUUUGAUCGGCAUCCCACAAGGGAUAGUGUCGCGGAACCUUCAGGACCUAUUAGGACCGAAUGACCGCGAAAAGAUUGCGCGGUUGCAGAGAACGCUAGAAGAGGAGCGUCGGCAAAAAGAACCGCAUGUUCUACCACCAAUAGUUGUGAACUCGGAGGAACAAAAUGUGAUUCAGUCCGUAGGAUUCGGUAUAGAAGAGGUUGGAAAGUGGAGACUAAAUCACCACGAAACCUUCACCCUCCAAGGACUGCAGGGACAACAACAGACAUUCCAGGCUCGUUUGGGUCUAGCGAAGAGAGACACCACGUAUUUCAUCGUGCUGAUAUUGUAUAUCCCAACGCCAGCGCCGCAGCCCUUUCAGCAGCCUCCGAUUUCACCAUAUACUCGUGACCAAUAUGUUAGGGGUCCUCAGUUCGAAUACCAGGCACCACAGCCAUAUCCCCCCAGUCAUGCGCCACAGGCGUAUAUGGCAAAUCCAGGAUAUCCAGAUCCUCAGAGAGAGCAAAUGGGAUACAGAGCACACCAGCCCCUCGCUCCUCACAUGCAGCAAACAGCGAGUAUGCCUCCUUAUUCCCAAGCACCGACGAGGCCAGAUUAUGGCCAGACACAAAAUCCGUACCAGACUCAGACUCCCAGGAGUGAGCUACCUCCAAGUCAACCGCAGCGCCAGCACGAUCUUCAGCUCCCACCAAUCCGUGACCCUCGAUCUGAAGCAUCUUCGGCUGGUGCCGGACGUGGAAGAGACGACCGCGCAAACCGAGUCGAUAUUGGUGGUCUUCUCCAGAACCCGCGAACAACUCGUGGCUAG